AAAUCAAUCAAGUUAAUAAAAACUUGAAGAGUGAUCAAGAUCAAUUAAAAAAUGUUUUAAGAAUUGAGAGCAAAAAUUACUCUACACUCAACUUAAUAAAAAAAAAUUAAAGUGCAAAGUACGAAAAGAAAUCAAACAAAAAUAAACAAACCAUAUAAAAAAAACUGUGAAAAAAAAUUUAAAUAAUAAAUGUUGAAUUUAUGAUCGAUUUCUGAACCACAAAAAAUAAGAAAAAGUCAAAAUGAGUCAACGACCGAGAUCGAAUAGUUCCGGUGCUAUGGGCAAAAUUGUGGAUAAACUUAAACGAACUAUCGCUGAUCAGUUUGUCAAAAAAUAAUAAACAAAAACAUUUACAAAGACAUGCCGCUAAAUUUCAACAAAAAUAGAAAUUAACUAACAAAAAAAAAAAAAAAAAAGUGACAAUCGUGUGUUUUUUAUGUGUUUGCAACCCAGUUUUAAAUUAAAUAAUUAAAAAUUAAAAAAUAAGGUAAGAGAAAAAGUCAAAAUGAGACGAAGACCAGUCGAUUAUACCGCAGAUCCGCCCAUCAUGGGAAGAAGAGCUUCAACAAGUGUCCUGCCAGUUAAUGGGAAGUUACAGAUAAAUAACAAUAAUAUUUUAAAUAUUAAUGGCGUGACGAAAAAUGGAGUCGCACUUAACUCAAAAAAGACGGAUGAUCCUUUGCAACAAGGAUACCAACGCGUGUUUCCUCCGCCGCCAAAUCGUCAAUUUUCCCGCAGUCCGCAGCGAAACAAGCCCGCAGCGCCUCAACCGGGAGGAUCGGGAGCAUCUGAAGCCCCAUUGGAGACAGUUGUUCUCGACACAAACUUGAUAAGUCUCGAUAAUCAGCCGAUAGCAUCGUCGCCGCCUUCACGGAAGCCCGAAAAUCCGUUCAGUGUUGAACUUCCGACGCCGCCUGUUGUGAAAAAACCUACGCCGGCACUCGUCAAAGACUCUCGUGUCUCGUUCGAGGACAAUUUCGGGGACGAGGAGCAAGAUACGUUGCAGGAUUUCAACGCACAACGUGCUCACUUCCAAAAAUUCAAGAGUCAGAGUUCAGCGAAGAGAUUGUUGUUGAACGACAUCCAUCAUUUAAUCAACACCGACGCUCGUCGCCAAUUUCAAAGUAAAAAGCACGUGUCAUUGGAUCCACGUUCCGCCAAACAGCUUCAGCAACUUUUGCGCAAAGACGAAUCGUCGGAAGACGAAUUUGAGAAUACUCGGAAGCAAUUUCAAGCAAGGAAACACAAAAGUUUAGACGCGCGCCAUAUCCGGUUCGCCGUCGAGAAGGAAGAAACUUCGACAGAAAGUGAUGAGGAUACGGGCGAACGCUCAAAUUUGCUGAAAGUCGAUCCAGAUAUCACGAAACCAUUUAUUGUAGACUUAAAGGACUUAGAUACCUCAAGCGACGACGAAGAUCUUGCCCAACAAAGACGAGAAUUUCAAGCGUCGAAGCACAUUAGUGUCGAAUCUAAGCGAAGUAUAAGAUUUUUCGAGAUGGAUGACCUCAAUGACAAGGAAGAACGGCAUCAAGCGCGUCCCUUGGUGCGCCAAGUUACCCUCAAUGGCAGUCAAAAACUCGAAAUUUACCGACCAACCGAAAAUCCCAUCUACUAUUACUCGCAAAUAAUCGCCGCCAUUGCCGUUUCCCUCGGUUCAAUGGUUGUCGGAUUUUCCUCCGCUUACACAUCGCCCGCCCUCGUCUCGAUGACAGAUCGUAACAUAACCUCCUUCGACGUCAGUGAACAAGCAAAAUCGUGGAUUGGAGGUCUCAUGCCCCUCGCUGGGCUUGCAGGAGGCGUUUGCGGAGGUCCCUUUAUCGAAUAUCUCGGUCGACGCAACACAAUUUUGGCAACUUCCAUUCCGUUCAUCAUCUCGGGCCUGCUAAUCGCGUGCGCCGUUGACGUCGGAAUGGUUCUCGCGGGUCGAGCAUUAAGCGGAUUUUGCGUUGGCAUCGCUUCGUUAUCGUUGCCCGUGUAUUUGGGCGAAACUUUGCAACCGGAAGUUCGAGGAACACUCGGAUUAUUGCCGACUGCCUUUGGUAAUAUCGGGAUUUUGAUCUGUUUCGUUGCCGGAAAGUACAUGAAUUGGAGCGAAUUGGCGUAUUUGGGAGCUGCACUGCCCGUGCCAUUCUUGAUUUUGAUGUUUUUGAUCCCCGAGACGCCCAGAUGGUACGUUUCGAAGGGCAAGGAGCCGCAAGCGAGGAAGGCGUUGCAAUGGUUACGCGGAAAACAGGCAAAUAUCGAACCCGAGCUCAAAGGUGUCAUGAAAUCGCAUUCGGAAGCAGAAAAAUCAUCAUCCGGGUCCCAAAUUUUUGAAUUACUCAAACGACAGAAUUUGAAACCCUUGAGUAUUUCGCUUGGUUUGAUGUUUUUCCAACAGUUAUCCGGUAUAAACGCCGUCAUUUUCUACACAACUUCAAUUUUCAAGUCUGCCGGAUCGACAAUCGAUGAAAGUUUGUGCACAAUUAUCGUGGGUAUCGUCAAUUUUAUCGCAGUUUUCAUCGCUACGGUGCUCAUUGAUCGUUUGGGACGCAAAAUUUUGCUUUAUAUUUCGGAUGCGGCGAUGAUUUUGACACUCGCGACCCUUGGAGCCUUCUUUUAUUUGAAAUCCAGCGGGCAUGAUGUCGAAAAUAUUGGAUGGUUGCCUCUUGCAUCGUUUGUGAUCUUUGUCGUUGGCUUCAGUUUGGGCUUUGGACCGAUCCCGUGGUUGAUGAUGGGAGAAAUUUUGCCAGCUCGUAUUCGAGGCUCUGCAGCUUCCGUUGCCACAGGUUUCAACUGGUUGUGCACAUUUGUCGUCACAAAAACUUUCGUCGAUAUGGUCGCAACCAUCGGUUCUCACGGUGCCUUCUGGCUUUUCGGUUCGUUUUGCGUUUGUUCCUUGUUCUUUGUCAUCUUCUACGUGCCCGAAACGCAAGGUCAGUCCUUGGAAGACAUCGAACGCAAGAUGUUGGGUCGCGUACGACGAAUGAGCUCAGUAGCAAACUUGAAACCCAUGCCGUCGGGCAUGUAAAUUGUAAAUACUUUCGUUGGAAAUUAAUAGAAAUUGUAGAAAUUAGUUUAGAAUUAUUUUUUUAGAAAUUGAGAGAAAAAACUCAAAAUAAGCAAAAAGAUGUUAAUAUUAUAUUAUUUUUGUAGAAAAUUCAAAAGACAAGAAAAACAAAAUUAUAAAAAAUAAUUAGUGAUAAAAAAAUACAAAUUUAAUGAAUAAUUGUAGAAAUUAGAAGAAUCUCAAAUUGUUCAAGGCGAAUCCGAAUAUUUUCCCGAAUUUAUAGGUUUUAGAAGAAUUUUGUAAAUAUUUAUUAGAAAUUGUUAAAGUUUUAUUCAUUAAAAAAAAUAAAAUGUCGAUGAAUCAAGUGACAUUAUUAAUAAAAAUAAAAUAAAUGAUACUUAUUUAAA